AUGUUAGUUAUUUGUAGUCGCAGAUUGGAGGAACACUUAUAAAAUCGGAUGCGUACUUUUGAGUAACUUAAUCGUAAUUUGAAUAUUACAUUUUGUUGUUAUAAAUAAACGGACUGUUUACAUAUUGAUAACGUCCGCUUUAGUCGAGUGUGUGUUCUGAUUAGUGAGUUGGAGUGAUGACGUGCUGCAAAGGACCAGGUUAUGCCUCACCACUCGAUGCUUUCCACAAUGGACCAAGAGAAGAGCUUCUCUAUGUAGUCUGCGUUCAGCCGGACCACACUCAACAGGAUUAUGUGGCUACGAUAGAUGUUGACCCUGGCUCUGAAACAUAUUCACAGGUUAUUCACCGCACGUACACAGGAUGCACGGAAGAUGAGCUCCAUCACAGCGGGUGGAAUGUCUGCUCCAGUUGUUAUGACAAACCGGAAUUCAAGAGAGAUUUACUUGUGUGUCCUAGCCUGCAUACUUCAAGAGUCUUCGUAAUAGAUGUUGGCAGUGAACCGAGGAAACCAAAGCUGUUCAAGGUUAUAGAUGGUUCUGAAAUGAAAUCGGUUGACUGUAGUUUCCCACACACAGCGCAUUGCUUGGCCAGUGGUCAAAUCAUGAUAUCUACAAUGGGCGACAAGGAAGAAAAUCGAAAGGGUGAUUUCGUGCUCAUCGACUCGAAGACUUUGAAAGUGACAGGCACCUGGUCAAGAGGAGAGAAACUUGCAAAAUUUGGUUAUGAUUUCUGGUAUCAGCCUUACCAUGAUGCAAUGGUUUCAACCGAGUGGGGAACGCCGAAAUAUUUUAAAAAAGGAUUCCAACCAGGAGAUAUCCAAAACCCUGACAGAUAUGGAACGUGUUUGAAUUUCUACAAGUGGUCCAGUCAUGAGUUGGAGCAAGUUGUAGAUUUGGGUGAAGAAGGUUGUGCUCCGCUGGAGGUUCGAUUUUUACAUAAUCCCAAAGCCUCAGAGGGUUUUGUAGGUUGCGCAGUUUACGCAAAUGUGUAUCGGUUUUAUAAAAAUGACGAAAAUUUAUGGAAAGCCGAUAAGGUUAUUGAUAUUCCAGCUAAAACUAUUAUGAAAAAUGGUGUUGAAACUAAAAUUAAUGGUUUGAUAUCAGAUAUCUUGUUAUCUUUGGAUGAUAAAUAUUUAUACUUCUCAUGCUGGCUUCAUGGUGAUGUAAGACAAUAUGACGUCACUGAUACCAAAAACCCAAAGCUGGUUGGGAGAAUCCAACUUGGAGGAUUAGUCGUAAAUGAAAAUCUUCAACUUAUUGAGGACAAGGAGUUCACUGAACCACCUAAGGCAGUAACAGUAAAAGGAAAGCGUCUAUAUGGGGGACCUCAGAUGUUACAAUUGUCUUUAGAUGGCAAAAGGCUUUAUGUUUCAUCGUCUCUUUAUUCGCCGUGGGAUAAACAGUUCUACACCCAAAUGGUUAAGGAGGGAGGUUGGCUUGUUAAGAUUGAUGUUGAUACUGAAAACGGAGGCAUGAAACUGGAUGAAAACUUCUUAGUCGAUUUUGGAAAGGAGCCAAAUGGGCCGGUACUACCACAUGAGAUAAGGUACCCAGGUGGAGACUGCACUUCUGACAUUUGGCUUGCAAAAGACUAAAAGUGCCAAUAUUUACACAAAUUUAUAUAGCAAAUAAAUCUUUUUUUGUAUUUAUAAACUACCAAAAUUUUGUAUGAAAGCAAUAUACGCCAAAUAAGUGUUUAAAA